AUGCUCCCGGCCGGCCAUCCCGGCGAGGGGCCGGCGACCCCGGGCUGCUCUGAAAGUGGGGAUGAGAGGAAGACCGUGGAGGAGAAAAGUGACUUAAAUAUUGCAGCUCUUGUUGGAAAUGAACAAGUCAGUGAAGUUACAGAUAAUGGAGAUCUCUCUUCCUAUGUGUCUGCAUUUAUAGAAAAGGAAGUUGGAAAUGACCUUAAAUCUUUAAAGAAGCUUGAUAAACUCAUAGAACAGAUGACAGAAAAUAAAGUGCAGUUAGAGGAACAGGUACUUACAAUUUCAUCAGAAAUCCCUAAAAGAAUUCAGAAUGCCUUAAAAAAUGCAGAAGAAUCAAAGAAAUUUCUUAAUCAGUUUCUGGAUCAAGAGACUCAGCUUGUCAGUUCCAUUAAUAGCCAUUUGCUGACUGCACAGCCCUGGAUGGAAGAUCUUGGGGCCAAGAUUAGCCAAAUUGAAGAGAUAGAACGGCAUCUCGCUUACCUUAAAUGGAUUUCACAAAUUGAAGAACUAAGUGAUAACAUUCAGCAGUAUCUGAUGACCAACAAUGUCCCUGAGGCAGCCUCUACUCUGGUGUCUAUGGCAGAACUUGACAUCAAGCUUCAGGAAUCAUCCUGUACGCAUCUUCUGGGUUUCAUGAGAGCCACUGUUAAAUUCUGGCAUAAAAUUCUCAAGGACAGGCUUACAAGUGAUUUUGAGGAAAUUUUAGCACAGCUUCAUUGGCCGUUCAUCGCACCCCCUCAGUCUCAAACUGUUGGCUUAAGUCGACCAGCCAGUGCUCCUGAGAUAUAUAGUAACCUGGAGACACUAUUUUGUCAGCUUCUGAAACUACAAACCUCAGAUGAAUUACUCACCGAGCCAAAACAACUUCCAGAAAAAUACUCCCUUCCUGCAUCCUCUUCUGUCAUCCUGCCCAUCCAGAUUAUGCUGACUCCCCUACAGAAGAGGUUCAGGUAUCACUUCAGAGGGAACCGACAGACUAAUGUUAUAAGCAAGCCUGAAUGGUACUUGACUCAAGUGCUUAUGUGGAUUGGGAACCACACACAGUUUCUGGAUGAGAAGAUUCAGCCAAUAUUAGACAAAGCAGGCUCUUCAGCAAAUGCAGUGCUUGAAUUUUCUCGGGGCCUUAUGAUGCUGGUUCUGGAGAAGCUAGCAGCUGAUAUUCCUUGUCUGCUCUAUGAUGACAAUCUCUUCUGUCAUUUGGUGGAUGAGGUGCUGUUGUUUGAAAGGGAGCUACACAGUGUUCAUGGCUAUCCUGGCACUUUUGCUAAUUGUAUGCAUAUUCUAUCAGAGGAAACCUGUUUUCAGAGGUGGUUAACUGUGGAGAGAAAAUUUGCUCUUCAAAAAAUGGACUCAAUGCUUUCAUCAGAAGCUGCCUGGAUAUCCCAAUAUAAAGAUAUCACUGAUGUGGAUGAGAUGAAAGUUCCAGACUGUGCAGAAACUUUUAUGACGCUACUCUUAGUUAUAACUGGCAAGUAUAAAAAUCUUCCCACAGCUUCCAGAAAGCUGCAGUUCCUGGAGUUACAGAAGGACUUAGUAGAUGAUUUUAGGAUACGACUGACUCAGGUGAUGAAAGAAGAGACCAGAGCUUCCCUUGGCUUUCGAUACUGUGCAAUUCUUAAUGCUGUGAACUAUAUCUCAACAGUACUAGCAGACUGGGCUGACAAUGUUUUCUUUCUACAACUUCAACAGGCGGCAUUGGAGGUCUUUGCAGAGAAUAACACUCUCAGUCAACUGCAGCUGGGACAACUAGCCUCUAUGGAGAGUUCUGUUUUUGAUGACAUGAUUAACCUGUUAGAGCGUUUAAAACAUGACAUGUUGACCCGUCAAGUAGACCAUGUUUUUAGAGAAGUUAAAGAUGCUGCAAAGUUGUAUAGAAAAGAAAGGUGGUUGUCCUUGCCCUCUCAGUCUGAGCAGGCAGUCAUGUCCCUGUCCAGCUCGGCCUGCCCCCUCCUGCUUACAUUACGAGACCGUUUACUUCAGUUGGAACAGCAGCUUUGCUUCUCUUUAUUUAAAACUUUCUGGCAAAUGCUCGUCGAGAAGCUGGAUAUACACAUCUACCAAGAAAUCAUUCUUGCUAAUCACUUCAAUGAAGGAGGAGCAGCUCAGUUGCAGUUUGAUAUGACUCGGAAUCUUUUCCCUUUGUUCUCCCACUAUUGCAAGAGACCAGAAAAUUACUUUAAACAUGUAAAAGAAGCCUGUAUUAUUUUGAAUUUGAACAUUGGUUCUGCACUGCUUCUGAAAGAUGUCCUGCAGUCAGCUUCUGAGCAGCCUCCUGCCACAGCAGCAUUAAAUGAAAUUGGAAUUUACAAACUCGCUCCGCAAGAUGUUGAGAUUCUACUUAAUUUGAGGACAAACUGGCCUAACACUGGAAAAUAA